AUGGCCACUCGCGGGCAAGGUCAAACACGCACCCGAGAAAGUAGGAAUGAGCAACCAGCUGAUAACCAUGCCGAGUUCAUGGCGGCCAUGGCUAACUUAGCGAACACCAUAGAAGCGAAUGCUGCUGCGACUCUGCAAGCUGUGCAGAAGUUAGGCCAACCGGCGGGGAAUGGCAAUGGGAACGGGGAAGGAAAUGCCAAUGAUAAUGCUGAGGGAAAUGGCGAUACCACGGGAGGAGUUCCGAUGACCUUGGCGACGUUCCUCAAGGUUCAUCCGCCAACUUUCCGAGGAUCUACAAAUUCUACUAAAGCAGAUCACUGGUUCCAAGCCAUGGAGUGUGCUUUACAGGCGCAGCAUGUUCCAUUCAAUCAGUAUGUAGAGUUUGCCGUUUAUCAGCUUGCGGGAGAGGCUCAGCCCUGGUGGCAAACAAAGUAUUACACCAACAAGUUUGAGGAACUCUGUAGGUUUUCUAGGGUAUGUCAAGAUGCCCCGGAGACUUACGAGAGCUGGAAGUGCAUUAAGUACCAGAGAGGUUUAAAGGAUAGCAUUAUGACUGCUGUGGCACCUAUGGAGAUCCGUGUCUUUUCUGACUUAGUGAACAAGGCUAGAGUAGUAAAAGAGUAUGCCAAGACCGUGGCGGCAUCCAAGGACACUCAUGGAGGAGGCUCUAGUCGGGGGUGUGGCAAGGACUUCCAUCCUAGGGGUCAAAGCUUCAAAAAAGGAGGAUAUGCACCUCAAGGACAAGGAGGUUUUAGGAAGAACACUCAGACUCAGUUUCAGUAUGCUAAGGAGAGAGGAAAUCAGAGUAAGAAUUCUCCGGAUUUGAAUUGUGUACGUUGUGGGCGUUUCCAUCUUUAUGAUUCAUGCAAAAUUGGUUUAGGUGGUUGUUUCAAUUGUAGGUUGCCUGGCCACAUUGCGAGAGAGUGCACUCAUGGGAGGAAUCAGAAUGUGGGCCAGAGUCAGCAUCAAGGUCGAGUCUUUGCUGUGAAUGCCAAGGAUGCUUCCAAGGUGGAUCCAUUGAUGAGAGGUAUAUGUCUAAUUGGUGAUAAGUCCUUAGUUGCAUUAUAUGAUACUGGAGCUUCGCAUUCGUUUAUUUCAUUUGCUAAAGUUGAGGAACUAGGCUUUAAAGUGUCAUAG